GAAAACAUUUUUGAGUCGACGCGCUCACUGGAUCGUCCGCCAGUCCAGCGUGUGGCGCUGUAACGUAAGAGGUGAACCGGAAACUCGGCUGCUACAACGCUAUCGACGAGGAACGCGAUGGAAGUUUCCGAAUUUGACGAAUUAAUAGACGACUGGUUUAUCGAAUCUUUGAAAACAUACAGAGACCUUCAUGUGUAUCAGCUGGAGUUUCCCACCCGAGUCAUAGAGUGGACUUCAGGGAAAAGUGAGUAAAUCAAUUUACUUAAGACUUCUUGGCCGUUGUUAGAAAAAAGAAAUGGACUGGACAUACGGCCCCGGCGGGCCUGGGAACCACCCGAAUUACCCCGCCGGCGGAAACAUGCCGAGCAGCUACGGGUACGAAAUGUCCUCCAAUUAUCUUCCCCCUGGAUUUCCUUGCGCUUUCCCACCUCCGCAACAUCCUCCUUUGGGCUACUUCCCCACCGUUCCCCCUCCGCUUCCGACGUAUCCGCCAGCGGUCCCGACUUUUAACUGGAAUCCUCCACAAACUGACUUCCAGCCACCCGGUGAGAUUCUUCCUGAGGCUCCUGUUGAUGAAAAAGCCCUCCAGAGGAAUCAGGAUGAGCAAUGGCUGAGUCACUUUUUACAAAGAAGAUCUAGAGAGAUGAAGGAAGAAGCUCGAAUGCCGAAGUCACAAUCUCAUCCAGAAUUCGGAGCCGUCUUGCGUGAUGCCGCUGCUCUGGCUUCCCACUUGUCCGAUUCCUGCCGAAACCUCACUGACAAGCUGCAGGAGGACGUCGUCGCUUGGUCUGCUGCCUACGGAGACGCCUUACGACUCAAACAGGACCUCCAGGAUAAACUGGCGAGCCUGGCGGAGGAACUGGAAGCGAAAAAGCGGCACGUGGCCCGGGUGCGAGAGCGGCGGCUGAGAAGCAAGCAAAAAGCCGAGAUGUUGCGAGCCGAGCGGGAGGCGCGACGAGCCGAGAAAGAGAGCGUUGUGGACAAAUGGCGGCUGCGACAAAUCCACCAAGUGGAGGAGGAGAAGAAGGAGCGCGAAUUGAAGCUGGCGGCAGACUCGGUCCUGUGUGAGGUCCGCAAGAAGCAGAGCGACAUCAAGCGCAUGCAGGACAUCCUGCGCUCGCUGGAGAAGCUACGGCGCCUACGCAAGGACGCCGCCACCCGCAGAGGGGUGAAUACCGGCGAGGAUGAGGACACGGCCUUCCAGCGCCAACUGGACGAGCUGCGGCGCGUCAUCAAGGCCAGGACGGAUAUCUACACAACGGAGGAAAAGGCGCUGACGGUGAUGCUGGACAGCGUGCAGGAGGAAGAGCGGCGAGCGCUCAAGAAGGAAAGGGAGAGGCGGCAAAAGCACAAAAUGGACGCCAUGCUGUUCGGCGAGGAGGCGCCCGUCGACCCCGCCCUGCGGCCGUACGCCGAGUACUACGCCCAGGCGGAGUCGUCGCUGCAUGCUUUGCUUCACAUACGGCGACAGUGGGACAUCUUCCUGGUGCCCGACGAUCAUUGCGACGGGACCACUGUCCCGCCGGGAUGGAUCCUGCCCCAGUUGCCGUCCAGCUCGGCCUGGGCGGUCGCUCUGGUGGAUUGAAAACAACCAAUUUGUGUUUUUUUGCUUUUCAAUUGCUUUUUUGUGACUUAAUCACAGAACUCGAGUGAAUAUUUGUACUGGUAAUGGUCUGGAAAAAAAAUGCUUUUGUAGCAAACAUCUGUCAUUUGAAUAAAUAAUGAAUUAGAUUUGAUCCAAAACAAGUCAUUGUUUCAAAUUGAUAACGUGUAUCA